AGACACCAAUCCCAUCCCAUCCCAUCUCCACUCCUCCAGCCGAAGCCCUCCACGUCGAAUAUAUGCCAAUCUGCGUAGGACGCAAAGUGUACUCACAUUUUGCUCCUACUAACACUCCACCCGUAAAAAAUACAUUGCCAAGUGCAUUUCCCCCUCACCAAAAACCGCGCACUCCCCCUUGCCACCGCCCAAUCACCAAGCCAGCCCAGACCAAACCCCUCAAUCAAUACAAGCCGCCCCCAGCCGAGCAGGAAGACGCAAAUCCAAACGCAUCUUACUCAUCAAUUCACCGCCCUCGUCAUCAAUCCGCUAACCACAUACCACACACACACAGUACCAGCAAAAAAGACUCUAUAUUCUAUACUCUGUAUGCAGAAGGGGUAGGUAUUAUUAAAAGGAUUGGCGGUUUAGUACACUGGCGGAAAGGAUCCGCGGGUUAGUGGGCAGCACCGGCAUCAAGAGACAUUGAAAAAAGGGGCCGCAUAACCGACCGACCUGCCUCGCUCGAGCAUUAGGGCGGGGAGUUUCUCAGAUAUAUCUAUAUAUCGCGGAGGAGCCCUAAUACUAAGGUAUUCGUUCUUUUGCUACGUAGGACGCGCAAGUGGUGUUAAUUAAUAAGUAUUGUGCA